CCGGCGGGCCGGCCCGCGCCGACAUGGACGAGCAGUUCCAGCCCUGCCUGGAUGGGAUUGUCUACGAUGACUUCAGUUUUGGUUCCCACAUGAUGGAGCAGAAGGAGCCCCUGAUUGAGACGGUAGAAGGUCCCUACCUCGUCAUUAUUGAGCAGCCAAAGCAGCGGGGUUUCCGGUUUCGGUACGGCUGUGAGGGCCCUUCACAUGGGGGGCUGCCAGGAGCAUCCAGUGAGAAGGGACGCAAGACCUAUCCCACAGUCAAGAUCUGCAACUACACAGGGAUGGCUCGGAUCGAGGUAGACCUGGUGACGCACAGUGACCCUCCUCGUGUACAUGCCCACAGCCUGGUGGGCAAGCAGUGCAACGAGGCUGGCAACUGUGUCACGAUCGUGGGACCCAAGGACAUGACAGCUCAGUUCAGCAACCUGGGUGUGCUCCAUGUCACCAAGAAGAAUAUGAUGGAGAUCAUGAAGGAAAAGCUGAAGCAGCAGAAGAUGCGUAACAGGAGCCAUCUGCUGACGGAAGCGGAGCUGCGUGAGAUCGAGCUGGAGGCGAAGGAGCUGAAGAAGGUGAUGGACCUGAGCAUCGUGCGGUUGCGCUUCACCGCCUACCUCCGUGACAGCAGCGGGAACUUCACGCUGGCCCUCCAGCCCGUCAUCUCAGACCCCAUCCACGACAGCAAGUCCCCAGGAGCUUCCAACCUGAAGAUCUCACGAAUGGAUAAGACAGCAGGCUCCGUGCGGGGAGGGGACGAAGUCUACUUGCUGUGUGAUAAAGUUCAGAAAGAUGACAUCGAGGUGCGUUUCUACGAGGAUGACGAGAACGGCUGGCAGGCUUUUGGGGACUUUUCUCCCACAGAUGUGCACAAACAGUAUGCCAUUGUCUUCCGCACACCCCCCUACCACAAGCCCAAGAUCGACCGUCCUGUCACCGUCUUCCUGCAGCUGAAGCGGAAACGGGGAGGAGACGUGAGCGACUCCAAGCAGUUCACCUACUACCCAGUGGUGGAAGACAAGGAAGAAGUGGAGAGGAAGCGCAAGAAAGUCCUGCCUCAGUUUCCCCAGCACUUUGGUGGGGGCUCACACAUGGGGGGUGCUGGCGGGGGUGCCGGAGGCUUUGGCUCUGGAGGAGGUGGCAACCUCAGCUUCCCCUACUCUCCUGGGCUGCCCUACAACAGCAUCUACUCACCUGGACCCCACCCUGUGGGGAGCUACCAGGGGGGUGUGCAGAUGAAGGGCCCCGAGGCAGAGGGGCCCGGGAGCAACAGGCAGGCACCCACAGAGAGCACGUACUGCAAGGAGCUGCAGAAGCAUGCCCAGCUGUACCAGCUCUGGAUGCUGGCACUAGCCCGUCGCAAUGCCCAUGCCCUGCUCGACUACUCGGUCACUGCCGACCCCCGUAUGCUGCUGGCAGUCCAGAGGCACCUGGCCGCAUCACAGGACGAGAAUGGAGACACGCCUUUGCACCUCGCUAUUAUCCAUGAGCAGACAGCUGUGAUCAAGCAGCUGAUCGAGGUCAUCGUUAGCAUCCCCAGCCAGCAGAUCAUCAACAUCUCUAAUAACCUGCAACAGACGCCGCUGCAUCUGGCAGUCAUCACCAAGCAGCCCCAAGUGGUCCAGCUCCUGCUGCAAGCCCGCGCUGACCCAACCUUGCUGGACCGCUACGGCAAUUCCCUGCUGCACCUGGCGCUCCAGGCUGGCGAUGAAGAGAUGCUGAAGACACUGCUGGCCCACCUGGGCUCGGCUGCCCCUUACCUGCUCCGCCUGCCCAAUUUCCAUGGCCUCCUGCCUGUGCACUUGGCUGUGAAGGCAAAGAGUUUGGCCUGCCUGGACCUGCUGGUCAGGACGGGAGCAGACGUGAAUGCAGCGGAGAGGCAAAGCGGGAGGACCCCACUGCACCUGGCUGUGGAGAUGGAGAACCUGAACAUGGCUACCCACCUGGUGAAAAAGCUGGGAGCAGAUGUCAACAGCCGGACUUUUGCUGGGAACACCCCCCUGCACCUGGCUGCUGGCCUGGGCUCCCCUACCCUCACCAAACUGCUCCUCAAAGCUGGGGCAGAUGUUCUGUGUGAGAAUGACGAGCCCAUGAGCCUAUCCUCAUCGGAGGCCAGCAGCGACACGGACACUGACCCCGAGGAGCAGGAGCUGGCCAUGGAGCUGGGGGAGCCAGUCCUGGCUGCAGAGCACAGCACCAACCCCAAGCUCCCCACACAGGGGCACUGGCAGGCAGGGCACAGGCAGCGCCGCUGCCACACAUCCCUGGACCUGACUCGGAGCCAGAAGGUACGGGAGAUACUGCUGCAGGCCUCCCAGCAGGGGCCCAAGGCGGAGCUGCCUACCGCUCCCCAGCCAGGGAAGGUCCUGUCACUGGACAGUGAGGCACUGCAGGGGCUGGAGCAGCUGCUGAACCAGGACUGCAGUGGGUCAGACUGGAUCGAGCUGGCCAAGCGCCUGGGGCUCUGCAGCCUCGUGGAGACCUACAAGGACACCCCCUCGCCCAGUGUCAGCCUCCUGCGCAGUUACGAGCUGGCAGGCGGCAGCCUGGGGGGACUGCUGGAGGCAUUGGACUCUAUGGGGCUCCACAACGCCGUGAGGAUGCUCCACAAAACUGAGGCACUGGAGAAGCUGCAAAGCACAGAGCUGAAGGAAGACAGUGCCUACGGCAGUGAGUCGGUGGAGGAGGAGCAGAAGCCCACGUUGGCCUUGAAGCCGGGGGGUGAGCUUCCCCCCAACCAGCAGCCACAGGUGCACUGAGGAACCAGUAGCCCCUGUGCCCACACACUGCCCUCUGCCUUGCCCACACAAGUGCCUUCUGGACUUGGGGUCCCGGCUGCAUGGACUGAGGGGGAUGGGAUGCAGCUGGCUCCUGCCCCUUUCUGCUCUUAUUUAAUGGUCCCUCUUCAAAAUAAAAAUACACAGUUUCCAUUA